UGCUGAGUGUGCUGACAGCAGCGAGUGGUGCUGCUGGACUUACUUUCCUGGCUGUGCCAGUCGGCCGUCAGAAUAUCACUUUGCCCGACUUCCUGCCUUACAACCUUACCUGUGCUCACCCUGACGAUGCCCAGCCUCGUCUGAGCCUCCAGGAGCCUUACAAGUGUGAUUAUCAUCCUCGCAUUGAUACUCUCAACCUCACCUUGACCAACUGCUCACUCUGCGACCACUACAGGUCAGAGUUGAUGGUUGAUGCUUGGUGGCAACUGGACGCCCAAGUUUCCUUAGACAACACCAGCCUGAAGGUGCCAGCCUGGUCUUGUUCCCUCCUGCCACAACACCAGAGUGGCGAGGCAUCAGGGUGGACCAGCAAGACCAACACAAGCAGUAAGGCGCAGGAAUGUUACGCUCAGUGCUUAGCGCUAGUGCCUCGUCAACAGGUGUGUUCCAACACUCACACCGUGCGUGAAUUUCAACCUGUCCUCACCUACAUGUUGUUCCUCCUGAUGCGUCUCAUCAACGGAGUGACGCUAGCAUCAAGCCUGACACUCUUCAAAGGUGCUACAAUGGCCAUCCUGCGGGAGCACAAAGGUGACUACGGCCUCCAGCGACUCUCUGGCAGCCUGGGAGCCAUAGUUCUCACUCCACUUUCAGGAUUUCUAAUUGAUAUCGUCUCUCACGGGACAGGGAAACAAGACUUCAG